AUGUCGCCCGGUCUGCAUACUUCUUUGUCUGGCAGCCGAAGCCAUCCCACCCUCUCCUCACACCCAAACCAUCCCAACCACCCAAAGAACCAAGGACCCGUCGAAGCCAGCCUCGUCGAACUCGGCCUACUCGACCCCAGGUACCUCAGGAAGAAGACCAAACCGACCGUCGAAUUCACGCCGCCCGGCGACUCUGCCUACCGAUUGCGUCCCAGCUCGCGCAGUUCGUCUGCCCGCACCCCCAAGCCCUUCGCCGCCAGCAGCACCACCACCCUCGACUCGCACGCGCCGCCUCACUCGGCCAGAGGCAUGGCUGGCGUCAUGGACAUUGAGAGGUCGCGGACCCGCCGCGAGCGCACAUAUAUCAACAUGGAGUGCUGCGUGUGUGAAGAGAGCCUCGAGUACACACUGCGCGGCGAGCGCAUCCUGCAAUUGAGCUGCGGCCACGUCAGCCACGAAGCAUGCUUCUACGAAUACAUCCGCGAAUUCGAGUCUCAGCAAUGUCCCACAUGCAAUGCCACAUUGGGCCUCGACACCAGUCGUGGAGUGCAGAUGGACCUCGAGAAAUUGAGCAGCAUUGUACGCUCUGUCCAGAGCGACUCGUCCACAACAGCUCCCAGUCACCGGAGCGCAACAAACACACCAACUCCAUGGGACAACCAAACCGUAUCAUCACAGCAGCACCAUGCCGACCAUAUCAAUGGCCGUUCACGGAAUGGGAGCGACGCCUCUGCCCGCUUCGCACCCAACCAGGCCCGCCAGCGGGACAGCAGCCACAGUCGUGAUCGCGAUCGCGAUCGCAUCUCCGAGCGCAUCUCCGAACGCGCUCCAUCGCGGCAGCAUAUGCGUACUGAAAGUGGUGCCACCGGACACGCAUCCUCCAACAACGAUUACGUCCAGGACGGCCGGCGGCAUGACUACGACGUCCAAUCCACCGAAACCAGCCUGAGCAGUCCACGCGGCCUGUUGAAAAGCCCCAUCCCGCCUCCCACCGUCACAGUCCGGAGCGAAUUUCCAACUCUUUCACGGUCGCGGCAGCAGCAGAGCUUGACAUGUCUCAUCACCGUCGAGGUGACCGAGGGCAAGUGGCGCGCAGACCCAGAGGACAUGCGAGGCGUUGCCCCACCGCCCGUCCCUUCCAUUGCAAGUGCGACAGGAAGCUUCUCUCGCGGCAAGUCGCCCUCCAACGCCAGACAGUACGACUCGCCACAUGAAUCGACAGAGGCCUUGGACGAAAUCACCGAAGAUUUGCAUGCGCGCGUCGACAACUGGCAUGGUCUCGAUUUCUCGCGCUUCGGCAAGCUCCGACUGCACGGGCACAUUCGCGUUGGCAAGGACCGCCAAUCAUGGCAGGAGCUCGAGUGCUACCUGUUCUCGGAAAUGCUCAUCUGCGUGAAAGAGAAGAAAAUGGCUGCCCAUCCACAGUGGGACGGCCCAGCAGCACCCGCCGGCAAGAAGACGAAAUGCACACUCAAAGGCUCUAUCUUGAUCAAGAAGCAUCUCAACCAGGUCGAGCACUCCGCGGACGAGCUCAUACUUACCCUCAGCCUCUCUGUUGCCGAGCUUCCUUCGUUCCACUUGCAAUUUCCGGAUAGGGAGCAGCUCGAGCUAUGGCGACGCGCCUUGAUGGACAUCCGCCUCGACUUUCCGACCAGCAGAGCCAUGCACGACUACGACCAAGACUUCUGCGGCACUGAAGAGGACGACUACCGUAGAAGGCGACUCUCUUCUGUAAACUCAUCAUAUGGCGCAUCCCGGUCGACGAUGACCGCGCCCACUGAAUACACAAACUCCCGUGCUGGCCACCCUGAGCCUCGACUCGGCAACACGAUUCACGUGCCCAUUGAUGUUGUCGUCGUCAUACCCGUGUCUUCAUCGAUGCAAGGUCUGAAGAUCAAUCUGUUGCGUGAUACAUUGCGAUUUCUUGUGCACAAUCUUGGCGAGCGCGAUCGCAUGGGUUUGGUCACUUUCGGCUCAAGUGGAGGAGGCGUUCCGAUUGUGGGCAUGACCAGCUAA